AUGAAAGAAGUGGUAAAGAAGGAGGUAAUUAAACUUCUUGAUGUAGGUUUGAUAUAUCCCAUUUCUGACAGUUCGUGGGUUAGUCCUGUGCAGGUUGUACCCAAGAAAGGAGGCAUCACAGUGGUAAGGAAUGAGAAGGAUGAGCUGAUCCCGACUCAGACGGUAACAGGCUUCCGGGUUUGCAUUGAUUACCGUAGGCUUAAUGAUGCAACUCGGAAGGACCACUUUCCUCUUCCUUUCAUUGAUCAGAUGAUUGAACGUUUAGCAGGUCACAUGUUUUAUUGUUUUCUUGAUGGCUUUUCAGGUUACUUUCAAAUUCCUAUUGCACUUGAGGACCAAGAGAAGACUACUUUCACCUGCCCUUAUGGGACGUUUGCUUAUAGACGGAUGCCAUUCGGACAGUGCAAUGCACCAGCUACAUUUCAGCGGUGCAUGAUGGCUAUUUUUGAGGACAUGAUUGAGGAGUCUAUGGAGGUAUUUAUGGAUGACUUCUCUAUUUUUGGUAAUUCUUUCUCUCUUUGUUUGGCAAACCUUGAGCGCAUGUUAGCUAGAUGUAUUGAGGCUAACUUGGUACUAAACUGGGAAAAAUGUCAUUUCAUGGUGAGAGAGGGGAUUAUUUUAGGGCAUAAGAUCUCUCAGGCUGGGAUGGAGGUGGAUAGAGCUAAGGUAGAAGUAAUAUCUAAGCUACCUCCUCCUAGUUCUGUUAAGGCUGUUAGGAGUUUUCUGGGCCAUGCAGGGUUUUAUAGGAGAUUUAUUAGAGAUUUUUCUAAGAUUGCUAGGCCCCUCACUCAAUUGUUAGUUAAGGAUGUACCUUUUAUUUUUGAUGAUGCAUGCGUGGCAGCUUUUGAGUUACUGAAGAAACUUCUAACUAUAACCCCAAUCAUGGUGAUUCGUUGUGUAUAUGGCGAGGAGACUCUCCAAAUAUUGAAGCAAUGCCAUGAGGGACCCACUGGAGGUAAUAUCUCUUCUCGUGAUGAGAUGCCUCAAAUUAGUGUGCAAGUCGUUGAAAUUUUUGAUGUCUGGGGCAUCGACUUCAUGGGACCCUUUCCCUCUUCGUAUGGUAAGGAGCGACAAUGGCAGUUGAGUGAGCUAGAUGAGUGGCGCCAGCAGGCAUACGAAAACUCCUCAACUUAUAAAGCAAGGACUAAGAAAUGGCAUGAUCAAAGGAUUCGUGAGCCUAAGGAAUUUCAGGUUGGGGAUCGAGUCGCUUUACAACUCUCGCCUUCGUCACAUUUCCGGAAGCUACAGACUCGUUGGUCUGGACCAUUUCAGAUCGGACAAGUCUUUCCAUAUGGAGUGGUAGAGUUGCAUCAUCCAGAGAAGGGGAACUUCAAAGUGAACGGCCAUCGGCUAAAGCGAUAUCAUUGUAACUCGUUGGAUAGUGAGCAACGAGUUGACCUGGCUUUACCAUCUACUUCAGCUCCUUCUGGCUCUUCAUCAGCUGUUUUAGGAGUCUCUCCAAUUGAGUUUAGAGAGCUGCAGCUUACAAGUCGAGUUCUAGAGCAGAGCCAUUUUGACAUCCCUUUAGUAGAUGAUCCAGCUGGCCCUCCCUCUCUGACUGAGCACCCUUCAACACAGCAGCCUGACAAGCCUCCUAUUGAUGCUGCUCCUGCUGAUCCACUAGCUCUUGCAUGUGACACUACUUUCGAUCCUCAGAGAGCAGCCACUCAUCCACCACAGACCAGCCAGCGCCCUGAUAUACCUGCUGAUGCACCUCUUUUCACUCUGGAGCUAUAG